ACAGUCCGUUUCACUUGAAAGUAUUUUUACAAAAUAAUAUUUCAGAAAACAAUGUUGGAUCCUGGACUGUUAAAUCAUUAUAGACGGCUCCACAGUAUUAAACCUACUAUUGACACACACACACCAAAGAGUUUUUUGUUGAGACUUAGAAGAAAACAGCGAAGAAGUUCUAAAACAAGAAGCCCUGACAGCAGAGUUGGAUCUGGUUUAGCAGUACAAUAUUCACAAAGGUCCUUGAAUACAACUCCACAAACCAAUAGAAGAUACCUGAGUGCUGAUCAUAUUGAUGAGUUUGAUGUGGAUGAAGAUGGUUACUGGAUAAAUGAUCACCAUCAACACAAUCAAAACCAUCAACACCAUCAACACCAACAAGACCAUCGAGAACAUAAUCAGUAUACCCUUGGACUUGAUGCCAGGCAACGACAAGAGCGCUUGCUGAUAAAACAUUCUUCUAUGGCGCUGAAAGACGGUGAACAGCAGCAAAAUUUUGUAAACCAGCAGAAGAAGUACCAGUAUCAUUAUCAACAGCUAACUACUAAAUGCGCAGAAGAAGCCUGGUUUCGGUCCCAAAGUGCGCAGAGCGGCCCUACACACUUUAGCAGUACUGUACAAGCAAGAAAUGGGUUAAGUACUGUACAUACUGUAUAUCCCAUGCAAUUUUCAUCCCACCAAAACUUGCAUUCGGAAAUGAUGCGGAUUGAGAACCAAAGGAAUGAUUUUUAAAAGAAACU